AAAUCCCCCUGCCUGCUUCCCAAGUGCUUGGAUUAAAGUGUGCACCACCACCACCCAUGCUAUUGGUAUUUGUGUAGGUAGAACUCAUGCACAAUAUUCUUCGGUCUUUUGACAAGGUUAGCCUAGAGCUAAAAAAUGCUCCAAUUUCAAUUUCCCCAGUAGUUUGGAUUAUAGGUGUGUGUACCACACUAUGCUAAAACUACUCAAACAACAACAGAAACUUCCUGACUUAUGUAAAGGUUAGUUUCUGAGGGGAAGUUUGGGGCCAGGCGUGUAUUUGGUGUUACAGUGGCGCAGCUCGACUAGUUCUUGGCGAUCUCCGCUGGUAGGGGAAAGAAAUCACUUGAAAACAGCAUGGUUCAUACCAGUAACCCUAGCACUUGGGAACUGGGGGAUCGCUGAUGUUUGAGGCCAGACUGAACUGCAGAAGGAGCUCUUAUCUCAGAACUACAUUGGUGGGGCCUGAUGGUGUCUCAGUGGUCCCGGUGUCCGCUGCCAUCCCUGCAGUCCCUGUGGUGGGAGGAAAGACCUGACUCCUGCAAGUUGUGCUGUCGCCUCCACACACAAUGGAGUGUGCCUUCUCAUGUGUACGUGUCUGUGCACGCACAAGUGUAAUUAACAUUUCUAAAAAUGUAUUAAAAACCUUGUGACCUUAGUUUUACCUAUCCUAACUUGUUUUUAAAUAAAAAUAUUCAUCAGUAAAAUGAACUAGUAUGAACCUUUUUAAAAAUAAAGCUACUAGUAGGUCAUGCUUUAAUUCUUUAUUCUUUCUUGAGAAAAAGGUUUAAGAAUAUGCCUAAAGCGAGGUGUGGUGGUGCACGCCUUUAAUCCCAGCAUUUGUGAGGCAGGGGCAGGUGGAUCUCUUGUGAGUUCGAGGCCAGCCUGGUCUACAUAGUGAGUUCCAGGCUAGCCAGGGCUACCUAGUUGAGACCCUGUCAUUUAAAAAAAAAAAAAAAGAUGUGCCUAGAAGUCACAAGUCUUACUGCUAAAAUAGAACUGUUUGUAAAUUUGAGGGUUUGGGAUAUGGUUUAGAGUUUAUGAAGGAUGCCUUGACUUUGAUCCCUAGUCCUUCGUGGACCAUUGUGACCCAAGCCUAUUCCUGGCACUUAGAAGGUAGAUAAAGGAGCAUCAGUUCAAACUAAUAAUUGGCUACAGAGCAAAGUUCAGGUCACCCCGUGCUAUACAAGACCCUGUUCAAAAAUAUAAAGUUUGUUAAGCUAAGGGAGAAGUUUUUGAGAUGAAAUAGAGUUGAUUCCAGGAGUUAGAAUAUGAAAUGAGUCUCAAAGCAGUUCACAGACAGGCAUGCCUUACAAACACCAAGGCACUAGAAGCUGGAAAACUGCUGGGCAUGGUGGUGCAUCCUAGCACUCCAGAGGCAGAGGCAGGCGGAUCUCAGUCACAAGCGAGACUAGUCUACAGAGUGAGUUCCAGGCCAGCCAGGGGCUGUGUGGUGAGACCCGACCUCAAUCAAUAAAAAUUUUAAAAGUUUUUAAGUAGGGAAAGUUUGUGAAUAAAGUACUCCAAAGAUAAUUUUCAGUUGGUAGAAAAACUGAUGUAUGAGUUUACCAAGAUAGUAACUAUUGGGGGCAAAACUAAGGAGGCAUAGUUAGGACUCAUGCUGUUUAGGAGUAAAGUUCAGAUGAGACAAAAGGCACUCCUCCCUCAAUGGUAAAGGCUAGGCACGGUGGUGCAGCUUUGUAAUUCCAACCAACACUUGGGAAAUUUUAGAAUUUUGAGUUUGAAGAUAUAUAAACAUAGCAAGACAAACAAAAGGCAGAGAAAGUGAGAUUAGGUUCUAGCACAGCAGGCAGCUCACAACUGUUAACUCCAGCAACUGAAGUGCCAACACUUCACACUGGGGUAUAUACAUAAAUGGUCAUUUUAAAUACUUUUUAAAAAUCAAGGGAGCAACUUGAACAGAGAAAAAAGUUGAGACUUGAAAUUAAUGACAAAGCAGAAGACCAAGAACUCAAGAAAAGAAUCUAUUGAAAGCUGUGGCUAGGUGCUGGGGCUUAGCUAGCUUUCCUAGUGUGCUUGAAACUUGGGAUUCCCUUCUACCAGCACACAAACCAGGUCCUUCUUGGCUGCCUACUGAGUGUGAAGCCAGUCUACGUGCCAACCUGUCUUUAGAAGAAAGAAAAACUGCUCUUGCAGAGCACCUGAGUUCGAGUCACAGCACCUACAUCAGGUGUACCACCACUUGUAAUCCAAGGGAUCCAAUCCCUCCCUCCACUGGCCCAUGGACACCUACACACACAGCAUUUACACGCUCACCACGUAAAAAUAAUAAAAAUUUCCAAAUGAAUGAAUGAGUAAGUGCUUCUGUUUUUAUUCUGACAGUCAGAUGUGACCAGAAGGAUGCCAAAGGUAACCACAAGUGUUUUGAAACUAAUGCUUAAUAAAUUAAUAGAUUAAAAGUUGUAUAUACUGAGGAAAAUUUAUCCUCAAGUUUAUUGCCUUGCUGAGUCCAUAGAUAUUUGGUGAUAAAGCAAGUCUGUAAGCCAGGUAUGCUCCAAUUCUUCACCCCAUUUUUAUGCAGUAUGAAACCCAAGUUUAAAAAUGGGGUAAUAUAAACAUGAAGCUAUUUUUUAUCCAAAAGAUAAAUUUUCAUCUAAUGUCUUUUUUUAGCUGGCUCUUAUGCCUCCUAAUGAAAGAAAUUUCAAGACCCUUUCUAUGAACUUGGAACAUAGCAGUGUACUGGGAGAGUGAAUUAAUUUGUCUUGUUUUUAUUUGAGCUAAUGCCCCUUUUCUGUGUGUUACAGAUGAGGAGUAAGUGGGUCUGGUCGAACUCUGGUCGCAGUGGCCCCGAGGACUCUGAGCUGAGCAAUGUCUUGAGCUCCUGGGACUCCAGUCUUGAUCUUGAUGUGGGCAGUUGGAGGGAAACUGAGGAUUCGGAUGCAGAGGCUGAAGAACUAAAGGAAAGCAGCCCAGAGAAAGAAUCUAGUGAGUUUUUUGAGGAAGAUGUCCAGAGUGAAGAACCUCAGGAGGAGGGAGAGCAAGACAACAGCCAGAACCUCCUCCACUUCCCCUCUGAGGGGGAGACUCAGCAGGACUCAAAAGAGGAGGAUCAGGGUGAAGGGGAUACUUCGGACGUGGACGAGCAGCCCCCGUCAGGUGACCAUGAUGACGGCAUAAGCGCUCAGGAAACUCCCCUGGUGGACAUCCUUUACAACUGCCCCAACUCCUCGCAACUGAGUGACCUAAGCCAAGGUGACCCUAUUCAGGAUCAUUUCCUAUUUAAGAAGACUCUUUUGCAAGUCUGGAAGAUGAUUGCCAGUCACAGGUUCAGCAGUCCAUUUCUGAAGCCUGUGUCAGAAAAGCAGGCCCCGGGAUACAAGGAUGUGGUGAAAAGACCCAUGGACUUAACAACCCUGAAGAGGAACCUGUCCAAGGGACGCAUUCACACCAUGGCUGAGUUCCAGCGGGACCUGAUGCUGAUGUUCCAGAAUGCUGUGAUGUACAACGACUCUGACCAUCACAUCUACCAUAUGGCCGUGGAGAUGCAGCGUGAGGUCUUGGAGCAGAUGCAGGUGCUGAGUACUUGGUUAGACAAACGGAAGGACUUGAGCAGUCUGGAGUGAGCCUGCUAGUCCAGUGGGUGAAGCCUGGAACUACAAGUCUGAGUCUACAACAGUUUAUUGCUCUCCUGAAAACUGGCCAGAGAAGAUCUGAAGACUUCCUUCUUCUCCAUCACCUUCCCUAAUAAGGAUAAUAAGCCUUACUUCCUUACUGAGAAGUCAAUGGUGCUUGCAGCUGUAAUACUUUAAAG